AUGGAGGUGCCCAUGGGCAGUGCUCUGCCUUUGGGAGGUGUCUGCAAGGCAGAGAGGCACCAGAGGUCUAACAGCAGCUCUGUGGCUGAUUUCCUCCUGCUGGCAUUUGCAGACACGCGGGAGCUGCAGCUCUUGCACUUCUGGCUCCUCCUGGCCAUCUACCUGGCUGCCCUCCUGGGCAAUGGCCUCAUCAUCACUGCCGUAGCCUGUGACCACCGCCUCCACACUCCCAUGUACUUCUUCCUCCUCAACCUCGCCCUCCUCGACCUGGGCUGCAUCUCCACCACUCUGCCCAAAGCCAUGGCCAACUCCCUCUGGGACAACAGGACCAUCUCCUAUGGGGGAGGAGCUGCCCAAGUCUUCUUUCUCUUCUUCUUGCUUGGAGCAGAGUAUUUCCUUCUCACUGUCAUGGCCUAUGACCGCUACGUUGCCAUCUGCAACGCCCUGCACUACAGCACCUUCAUGAGCAGCAGAGCUUGUUUCAAAAUGGCAGCAACUGCCUGGGGCAGUAGUUUUCUCAAUUCUGUCCUGCACACUGCCAAUACCUUUUCGCUACCACUCUGCCAUGGCAAUGCUCUGGACCAGUUCUUCUGGGAAGUCCCCCAGAUCCUCAGGCUCUCCUGCUCAGACUCCUACCUCAGGGAGGUUGGGGUCCUUGUAUUUAGUCUUCGUUUAGUCUUUGGCUGCUUUGUUUCCAUUGUGCUGUCCCAUGUGCAGAUCUUCAGGGCUGUGCUGAGGAUGCCCUUGCAGCAUGGACGGCACAAAGCCUUUUCCACGUGCUUCCCUCACCUGGACGUGGUUUCUCUUUUUGCCAGCACUGCCAUGUUUGCCUACCUGAAGCCCCCCUCCCUCUCCUCCCCUUCCCUGGACCUGCUGGUGGCACUUCUGUACUCAGUGCUGCCUCCAACAGUGAACGCCCUCAUCCACAGCAUGAGGAACCGGGAGCUCAAGGAUGCCCUGAAGAAACUGAUUCACUUGGUCAUAUUUCAGCAGGACUAA